AUGUCAUCGGGAUUGACGCGACGCCGUGGUGCGGGCGGCGCAGGUCCCUCAGCUGAGGGAGACGCCAGCAACGGUUCCGGCCCCAGAACGAGCACCCCCAACACCAGGGACAGCGGCCCCGAGACGAGCUACGAGAACACCGAGAAUGGCCACAAGAUCGCAUACGACCCUCGAGACAUUAGCGAGAGCGCUGAGCGAAGCAAGCAGCCCAAGCUCACCCUUAUGGAGGAGGUUCUGCUGCUUGGUCUCAAGGAUAAGCAGGGCUACCUCUCUUUCUGGAACGACAACAUUUCCUACGCCCUCCGAGGAUGCAUCGUCAUCGAGCUCGCCUUCCGUGGUCGCAUCGCAAUGGAGAAGGAUGCUUCCAGGCGACGAUUCCCUCUCGCAGACCGCAACAUUGAAGUCAUAGAUGACGCCCUCACCGGCGAGGUCCUCCUCGACGAAGCCCUCAAGAUGAUGAAGCAGAGCGAAAAGAUGAGCGUCGCAACCUGGAUUGAUCUCAUGAGCGGCGAGACAUGGAACCUGAUGAAGAUCGGAUACCAGCUCAAGCAGGUUCGAGAGCGCCUUGCCAAGGGCCUCGUCGACAAGGGAAUCCUUCGCACCGAGAAGCGCAACUUCCUGCUCUUUGACAUGGCCACCCACCCCGUCGCCGAUGGUGGCGCCAAGGAGGAGAUCCGUCGCCGUGUCCGCAACAUCCUCACCCAACGAACCGUCGUCCUCAACGGUAGCCAGUUCCUCCCCGAGUCGCUCGAGUUCCGUUACACACGAAGCAUCGCCAUGGUUUGCGCCGCCUACGCCGCUAACGUCCUCGAGAACGCCUUGUCAACCCUUGGCCACGAAGCCCGCGAGAGGGCCUUUGCGCAGACAGAUGAUCUGCUUGCUGACUACAGCCAGUGGCCGUUUGGCAAGAAGGCUGUGCAGAAUGGCAUUGGAGCCAACCUCCCCCAGGCGAUUGCAGAUGAGGUCAACAGCGGCAAGGACAAGGAGCUUCAACUCGAGGUUGUUGCAGCCUGUUUGAGCGUCUUCACCCGACUCGAUUCCCUCCUAUAGACGUGCUCAUCUAGGCCACAUGCGUGUCGCCAUCAUUGAGCAUCACGCCUUGGUAACACCCAAACCAACUUCCGAUUUGCGCCCAGGCCAAGCCAAACCCUUUCUCUCGAGGCCUCUGUUCCGCCGACCUCACCCGCCUCUAUAGUUCUCACGAAUUGACGACAACAGCCUCGCCACUCCCGUCAGGGGGAGUAUGGCGAGGACCCACGAACCUACAUCACCUACCACAUGGAGCAAUCGAAGGAAAUUCCGGGGUCUUGACUUUGGCGCAACGGGACCAGGGCGCAGCUUUCUCUUGACCAGGGCACGCCGAGGACUCGGCUCAACUGCUCUGCCAUUCAUUGCUGAAGGGCCUGUCAUGGAUGUUUUACUGGUGGUGUUGGUGGUGGCCCGCAUACUCCCGGCCCCCUAUGCCCUUUUUUUUAAUGUCUUUUUUUGUUCUUCUUCUUUUUUUUUUUUUAUCUUGGUCGAGACUCAUCUAUUCUUCCGUUGUUUUUGGGAAACAAAAAGAAGAGGGACGGAAAUGACAGUGUUUAUGUAUGUAUGUGUGUUUCAGGAAGGCAAAGGAAGGGAGGGGGAGGAGCCCAUAGGUUGAUACGAUACGUGAAGCGUACUAAAGCCAAAGCCGUGCUGUUUGUCGUUGAAUUUUAGGGGGAGGAGGGAGGAAGGGGUUUCUUCUGGUAAACUGUUGUAAUGAGAAGAAAAACAAAAGGGGGCAGAUAUGCUCCCUCUCUCAUGG